AUGAUGGGACCUGCUGAGGCCGCCUCAUCUCCCGUGUUUCCCUCACUGGAUCCCAUUGUCGUCGAUGAUGAGAUGGAAAAUCCCUAUCAAAAUACCGAUUUAAGCUUUCUCGACUCUACGAGCCUACAGAUGAACGAGGCCGCCGGUCAGGAUUUCGACGAUCUCUUCGCCCGUUCCCACUCCUCCCGCACUGUCACCGACUCGGAAUCUGUGUGUUUGUCGCCCUCAGAACUUUCCAUAAAGAGACACUUUCAGGAACACGAUGCGCUGAGGCAACCCAAGAUCGUUGCUUCAGACUCCCCUGCCGAAUCCCUGGAUAACUCGAGUCCCAGUUCUUCGUCGGAUUCUCCGCGGAAUCACAUUCGAAAUACCUCCGUGACCUCGACCACUUCCGUUACUCAUAGCGAUCACGCCAACAUAAUGCCAUUUGGCUACGCAACUGAAGAUUGGAUCAAUUCGGAGCUCGGCUCAAUGAAGGAGGAGACAUCGAUGUUUGGCUUUGACCCUUCCUUGCCGGCCAUGGAGGGUGUUUUCCCCGUCGAAACCGACCUCGAAUCCAGCAACAAGGCGAUGGACGCCGCUUUCGAUUUUGAAAGCGCAGCCAGUAGCCCCAGUGCCCUGAAGACUGACUCGGCCGCUCAGCCAAAGAUGCAGAAGCGACUGAAGUCUCAAAUGCGGGGGACAUCUCAUUCCACCUCGAGGCAAUCAGCUUCUCCGCAGUUUCGCAAUUCGACCUCUCCUUUCACAGUGGGCAAAAUGCCCGGUCAGAGCAGGUCGUCAUCAAGCCAAUGGCCGGGACAAUCACCGUCGUCGCUUUUGGAGGAAAGUUUUGGCGGCAUCAACAUGAAUGGCGGAUCUCCACUGAACGGAAACUUCAACUUUGCGUCGAAUGGGUUUCCUUUCGGCAUCCACUUUGCGCCCUCCCCCCCUCAGAACAAUAUGAAAGCGGAAACGACUCAGCGUCACGUCCUCACCGUUCAUCCCACCUCACUAAAAUCCCGUGUAGAAACCCAAAUUCCCAUCCGGUUGACUCUCUAUCCAAUGCCCUCGGGUGUCAAGAAAUUACGACUGCCCACCCACACCAUCUCGAAGCCGAAAUUCCUUGCUCCUCCGUCUGCCGAUCGUUCGGCUGAUACCUUGCAACUGCAUACGAGUCUUGUCUGCACUAGCGCGAUGCAGGACCAGACGAAACUGAGAAAGGCAUUUGCACGAGCAAGGGGCGAGACGCGGUACCGCACCUCGAGCUCUAGCCCGAAUGCUACGGAAGAGUUACCAGAAGAUGACAAGCCCUUGGAUGGCGGGGAGGUGAAAAUCUGUGCUGGAUGCAUACAGCGUGAACGGAAGCGCGCGUUUAGAAAGAAGCAGAGAAAACCCGAGGAAGACGAGUUGUUUCAAAAGGACGAGGAGAAGCGAGUCAUCGUCUUCAACACCAACGAGAUCAAAGAUUGGGCGGAACCCUCCAAGCAUGCCAUGCCAGGCUAUACUGAUGCCCCUGCGCCAGUUAUUCCCGCUGGAGCAAUGCAGGUCGAGCUUCCAAUGCGAAUUGCAUGCUACUGCAGGCACCAGAAUGAAAAGCUCGGUUUCCAGGUCAUUUUCACAGUCAAAGACCAUAUGGAUAAUGUCAUUGCCCAGGCAAUCACAAACUCCAUCAUGAUCACGGACGAUCACAAGACGCACGCUCCCCCGGCUCCUCCCGCCCCGGGCCCUUCUCCGUCUCUCCCUGACGGGACACAAUUGCCCGGGGUAGGAGUCUUUCCGUCAGGCCCCCCCGUGGAAACCGCGAAGUCGUCAACCCCGUCCCAGCAGUCGUUCCGAUCAUCCUCGACUACAGAUCUGCAAGGUCUUCAGCAAAGGUUCAACUCGCAGUAUCAAAUGCCGACAGGCUCCUUCGCUGUCACCGCUCAGAACGGCCAGAAGAACGCCACCGCAAACUCGCAAACAUCUCGCAGUCUUUCACGACAGACUUCGCCGAAUGACUUCCCAGGACCUAUGACAAAGCGACGGAAACACAGCAAUUCCGGCCGUCUUCCGUCCGAAUUGACCAUGACCAAGCUUGAGAACGGACAGUCAUCCGCGGGCGGGACCAAUUCAGGAGUCUUAGGGAACGAAGCUCCUUUCAAUGCGGCGCGUGGUUUUGCGUCCCCGGCGGAGAGGCCGUUUGUGACGUCGUCGGCCAUGUCGGGUCAGUUCGCCAACGGCCCACCGACGCCCAAUAGCGGAGACAACAAUCCUUUCUUCAAUCCCAGCGCGACCCAGACCAGCUUGGAUACAUUCAUUCAGCAGCAGUUGAUGUCGGCGCCAAACUCGGCUCAGCCUAGCCGCCCUGGAACGCCUGGUAACUCAGCCCGUCACGGUUUUCAAGAUCAGUCCCUCAACCUCUCAUUGGGCUCAAGCACGUCCACUCCUGCUUGGCCUCCUCUCACAAAUGCUGGUAACCGGCUGCCUUCUGUUAUUCACAAGGUUGUCCCGGCGGAAGGCUCCAUCACCGGAGGCACAGAAGUGACGCUGUUAGGAAGUGGUUUCUACCCUGGUAUGGAGGUCGUCUUUGGUGAUACCCUAGCCACAACGACGACGUUCUGGGGCGAUAAGUGCCUGAAUUGCUUGACUCCACCAGCCCUCCAGCCUGGCAUGGUGGCUGUGGUGUUCAAGCAUGAGCAUCCGACAUUUGGUCAAAUGCAGCCGGCUCAACCUCUGAUGCCCAAGCAGCAGCAAUUCUUCCGGUAUAUUGACGACAGAGAGCUCCAGAUGUAUCGCCUUGCACUUGGCAUCCUGGGACAGAAGCUUGGCAAUCAGGCAGAUGCAUUCCAGACUGCUCAACAGAUCAUGGGUAGCGACCCCAAGGCUGUCUUCAACCUUCAGAAAGACUUCUCCGCCGGUUCUGGCGGCCAUCAGCGCCAGGUCCCUGGCCUAGAGUCUCAGGGCAAACUGAGCGACCUGGACUCGAAGAUGUUGACCUAUCUCGAAUUCAUCGACCUUGACGACAACCCGCGGCCUCCGAAGUAUAACUCGCGCUGCACGACCGGGCAAACUCUACUUCAUUUCGCCUCAUCCUUGGGCUUGACUCGUUUCGUAGCUGGACUCCUCGCCCGAGGGGCGAACCCGGACGUGCAGGACAAUACCGGAAACACGCCUAUGCAUCUGGCCGCCUUACAUGGCCAUGCGCAUAUUGUCAACAGGCUGCGUUUGGCUGGUGCGGACGUCAACGCUCGCAGCAUCAGGGGAUUCACUCCGGCUGAUUUGGCCACCACACUUCCUGCCCACCAGGCUGCACUGAUUCCUGCUCGGCACAACCGCUCCCGUAGCGUUGGGUCGGUAAGCUCGUUGCGACGCAGGCAUAGCAGUUCCGCUUCCCUUCACUCUCUCUGGGAGUCGUCUUCUGUGUCAGGAUCGCUCGAUCCGGCGACCUACGACUCCGAUGACGAUGAGGAUGAUUCAGAGGACCAAGUGGACUUUACUAUAUCUCGGCGGUCGAGCGUUCACCAGGAUGUGCCUGGUCCGCUACCCUCGCCUGAGCAGGCAACUGCGGCCCAAGAGGCACGGCCGUUCUCCCCCCCGGCAGCUUUGGUGGUUUGGCGGAACCAGCUUCAGGCUCAAAUAAAUCAAUUCCAGCAGAGCGUCGCGAAUGCCUUCCCGAAUCUUCCUGCUCUGCCGCCAAUGCCUGCUUUGCCCGAUUACCAGGCUCAUCCGAUGAUGCGCCGUAUUACGAAUCUUGUUCCUCAUCGACCAACCACAUCCUGGUCUUCGAAAGACGGCUGGUGGGACCUCUUGACGGGAAAUUCCGCGCCCAGUGCGACUGAGCCGCCUUCUUACGAGGAGCUGUACCCAGGCCAAGAUCGCCAGGAGGAGGAAGAGGCAUCGCAUGUAAAGAAGGCAACAUUGCUAAGGGCGGCAGCUGAGGCGGCCGUAGAUCAGCAUUUCGAGUUACAGGCCAGCACUUCUGUGGCCGAAUCUAGCAAACAGGACAACGAUGACAUCAAAGACAUUCGAAUCGGCUCCAAAUUGAUUUCCCGCGAGCAGCAGAAGCAUCUCAGAGAGCAGCAAGCUCGCAGGAUGAAGGGUUUGGGUAGCGAUCGGAAUCUCUACUUCAUUUGGCUUCCUCUUCUGCUUCUGGUUAUCUGCGCAUGGGUGCGAAGUUACGUUCCAGGCAUCUGGCAAGGUGCAUCAGACGUCUAUGGAUUUGUGAAGACGCGCUAUAUGCGGGGCGCGCUGGACGUUGACUCUUAG